AUGACUAGCUUAGAAGACUGCCAUUCAUGGCAGGACAAGGUCUCUUGGGCACGGGCCGGGCGUGACGCCUCCCUCGCCAAGGUCGACCCUCCACUACAGGGACUCCCGAGUGACCUUCCGGUGAACACUCAGGGUCUCCCAAAACAGGUGCUGGCUGCGCGAGAGCUCGAGAUCACGGAGAGCUACUCGGUCACGGAGCUUCUGGCUGCUCUGCGGUCCAGAAGGUUUUCUGUGGAAGAAGUCACCCGGGCGUUUCUGCGCCGCGCAGCCUUGGCCCAAACCGCUACCAACUGCUUGACCGGGCUUCUCUGGGACGAAGCUAUUGCACGCGCAAAGGAACUCGACGCGCUGCCGGAGCCACGGGGGUCCCUCUUCGGCCUUCCCAUCUCAACAAAGGAGCACCAUGGCAUGAUUGGUGACGAUGCCGUCACCAGCGCGAGCUUCGUCGGGUGGAUCGGGAAGAAACACGCCUGUAUGAAAUUGUAUGAGAUCCUUUGGGAUGAGGGCUGCGUCUUCUUCGCCCGCACGACCCAGCCCCAAACUAUCAUGCAUCUUGAGACAAGCAGCAAUGUCUGGGGGACGACGACCAACCCCUACAACCGCAAUCUGACCCCUGGCGGCAGCAGCGGGGGAGAAUCAGCCCUGAUCGGCUUCCGCGGCAGUAUAUUCGGAAUUGGUGGUGAUAUCGGUGGAAGCAUUCGAUGCCCUGCCGCCCACUGUGGACUUUAUGGGUUCAAGUAUGGCAGCGCUGUUCCCCCGUGGCCUACAAGUAAGCUCAUUCCUUCGGCUGGCCAACUCGCGCCCAUGUCAGGAAAGGAGACUAUCAUGUCUACCCCAGGUCCAUUGACAGUUGAGCGUGAGGCCCUCGACUUGUUCAUGAAAGUAGUCCUGCAGUCGAAGCCAUGGCGCAUUGACCCGUCCCUUACCGUCAAGGGGUGGACUCCAUACAAAUUCUCGAGUCCCCUCAAGAUUGCCGUCAUGUGGUGGGAUGGCGUCGUGCAACCUCACCCGCCUAUGACCCGUGCAUUGAGGGAGGUCUCCGAAGCCUGCCGUAAGGCCGGGUUUGAGGUCUCGGAUUGGGAUGCCGAGUCCCUGGAUCACAAGAAGGGCUGGGAUAUCAUCUCAUCUCUUUACUUCCCCGACGGAGGGAAAGAGGUCCUCGAUCUUAUGGAGUCGUCUGGGGAGCCGGUGCUGCCAUUGACGAAAUUCAUUAUCCAGGAGCAAGCCGGCGUUAAAGAUUACACCCAAGCGGAGAUAUGGAAGCUCACCAGGGAGAGAGAAGAGUACCGGGCGAGGUACGCCGAGGCAUGGACAAGGACGGGCGGCAAGGAUGGCAGAGAGAUCGACGUCAUCCUCUGUCCGCCGUAUUUCGGCGCUGCGACGCCGCAUGAGCAAGCCCGCUACUGGGGUUAUACGUCCAUUUGGAACCUUCUCGACUAUCCUGGAGCUGUUUUCCCAGUCACUACCGUUGACCCUGCCAAGGACAAGAAAGAUACUUCCUAUGUCCCCAAGAAUGAACAAGACCAGUUUGUACAGGAUCUCUAUAGCCCCGAGGUAUACACAGAUGCCCCUGUCAGCCUACAGCUUGUUGGUCGUAGGCAGCACGACGAGAAGGUCCUCGCUGCCCUGGCGGAGGUUGAGCGUGCCAUGGGGAGGCCAUGA